CGUCGUUCAACUUCUUGGCCAUAAACGGGUUUAAGCCAUGCAUCUGAAAAUACUGUUCGCAAUUUCGCUGCUUACUGCUUUUGCAUUGGGCAAUUGCAUUAUACAUCCAAAGCCAGCACCCCGAUAUAAUCCAGAUUUCACAUUUCCCACAGACACAGCUCCAAGUCGUCAAUUACCAAUUUGGGAUUGGCCAAUUCUGAGUAACAAUGUUGGAUCACAUCGAGUGAGACGAAAGGCCCCACAGCCUACAAAUCACAUUGAACAGCUUAACAGAUGCUAUGAAUAUGAGGAACAUGGAGCGUAUUCUCAUUCUCGUCUACUACUUAUUUGGUACAGUUCAGAAAAAGACUUAAACUCACUGCAAUAUCUCCGUAAUAUUCUGGGUAAUGAUCUUGAGCUUCCUAAACUGGUCUAUACCCUUAGACGAAUCAAGAUGGAGCCCAACAAAGUGCUCUUUGAAAUGUCUAAAAAUUUGGAUGCCUACAAGGUGCUUCAAAAUUAUUGCAAACUUUAUGAAAAAAUCUUGGAAUAUCGUUCCCAGGGCUAUGACGAACCAGCUCUGACCUAUGAAAUUCUACACACAGAUCAAGAUUUCUAUGAUUAAAACUAAAGACGAGUUGUAUUAUUAAGUUAGUUCAAUUUAUAGAAGUUAAUAGGAAAUGUAAAUUAUUUAUUUUUUUAUUCUAAUAUAAUAGACCUUAAAUUUUAGA